UAAUAAGUAGACGUAGAAGAAGAAUAAGGUCCUCCAGCAGCAGAGAGUAAAGUCGUAGAAGAAGAAGAAGAAGAAGAAUAAUAAGUAGACGUAGAAGAAGAAGAAGGUCCUCCAGCAGCAGAGAGUAAAGUCGUAGAAGAAGAAGAAGAAGAAGUAGAAUAAUAAGUAGACGUAGAAGAAGAAGAAGGUCCUCCAGCCAUAGACAUCAUAUAGGUAGACGCCUCCUUCGGCCUUGGGCGGCAUAAAUCGUCGGCGCCAUCUUGGUACGGGAGUUAUUUCGUCUUCGGAGUGAAGAUGCCUACUUCAUGCACCGCUUGGGGGUGCACCACCGUCAGGACGAUUCAAACAAGAUCGCAAGGAAUUACCUUUCACAAGUUUCCCAAAGAGAAGCAGUUGAGGAGACAGUGGGAAGUGGCUGUGAAAAGGGAAGACUUUUCUGCCAAUGAGAGGUCAAUGCUCUGUAGCCAGCACUUUCAGCCGGAGGAUUUUGACCGGACAGGCCAAAAUGUCAGGCUCAGGGAUGGAACUAAACCAUCUGUGUUCAGUUUCCCAACACAUCUCAAAAGAAAAGUGGCAGCCAGGACUACACAAGCCUCAAGGAAGGCUGAAGCGAGCCUUGUAAUUGACUGUUCUUUACAAUCAUUACAAGUCACUGAACCUUCACCUAACUACCUUGAACACACUUAUGCAUUGCCUCCAUCUCCCACUCUUCUCAAGACUAGACUCAAUGAAGCCCUGGCUAGGGUGGAGAGUCUUGAGAAAGAGAUGAGGAACUCAAAGGCCCGAGAGCAGAGUGCGAAGAAAACAGUGCGUUGUCUUCUGGAGGACCUCAGGGGGAAGAACCUCAUAAAUGAAGAGCUGCAAGAGAGGCUUGACUUAUACUCAGGCGAUGAGGAGCAGCGGAGGGAGGCUGUCCGGCCGGCGGGGCCUCCUCAGCGGGCAGCAGAGGAGCGAGGAGCCGGGAUGCCUCGCCGGAGGAGGAACCUCGCCUCCAGUGUGACGGCCAACCGGAGACCUCAGAGAGAAGCUGUGGAACACGAGGAGGAGCACGUGGAGGAGCAGGAGGACCAGGAGGAGCAGGGGGAGCAGGACCUCCAGCCCACUGCUAAAGUUGGAGCCAAGAAGCAGAAGAAGCUGGAGGAGAAGCAGGCCAAGAAAGCCCAGAGAGAGGCGGAGCUGGAGGAGAGAGAGGAGAGGAAGAGGAUGCAGGAGCUGAGAGAGCAGGAGCGACGUCACGAGGACGAGAAGGAGCGACAGCUGGAGCAGAAACAGGAGGAGGAGCAGCUCCGGGCCAAAGAGGAGCAGGAACGACAGGAGGAGGAGGAGUACUUGAGACUCAAAGCCUCCUUCACCAUAGAGGAGCAGGGCGAGGAGGAGCAGCUCUCUGAGGACCAGUCACGUAACCUGCUGCAAGAGUUCAUCCAGCACAUCCAGAGCUCUAAGGUGGUUCUCCUGGAGGACCUGGCCUCUCAUUUCGGGAUGAGGACCCAGGAUGCUAUCGACAGACUGCAGGACCUGCUGGCUGAAGGCUCCCUGACAGGAGUGAUUGACGACAGAGGGAAGUUCAUCUCCAUCACUCCAGAGGAGCUGGACUCGGUGGCUCGCUUCAUCAAACAGAGAGGCAGAGUGUCCAUCACAGAGCUGGCUCAGGCCAGCAACUCUCUGAUCAACCUGACGCCCGAGAGCCGCAGCAGCGCCUGAUGGACACGCCGCUGGACGCGCCGCUGGACACGUGGAGCGCCGCCAUCACACCGCUGAACAAGAAUAUAUACGUUUGUAAAAAUACAGAGAUCCAUAUUUGAUCACACCUCUUCUGUGGAAUUGGUCUUUCUUUUCUACAAGUGAUUCUUUUCUCUUUUUCAUUGAUUCAAAUAUUACAAGGAAGGUAGUUCAGGGUCAAAAAAAAAAACAAAGAAUAAUGAUCAACAUAACUGAAACUGUGCUCUCUUCACAGGAGUCAUAUUUAAGAUGUAUGAAAAGGUUAACUAUUGGAAAAGGCAAAACAUGGCACGUAGCCAUUAAAUACUAAAUUACAGUACAAAGCCAGCAGGACGACAAACAACUCAAACUUAAAACCGAUGUUUAACUAAACGCUAAUCUUUUUCAUAUGUACCUUUUUUCUUCAAUUGUGAGCUGCAUUACUUUAACUGUACGUGCAGUAAAAAGCAUCUCGACAACAGUAGAAAACCUCAGCUUUUAUGAACCAUUUCUUUAUUGUUAGCACACAUUGAUAUCACCAUUAUAAUCAUAGAUACAUGAGACUAACAUCCACAAUAUCAAAAGUAAUGGCUGCAGGAAAAAAAAAAAAAGAGAAAUAAAUCAGCCUGGAAACCAAAAUAUUGUUCACUGUCACCAUGACAACAGUUACAGAACACAGACCCAUAGAUUGGACAGGGCUGUAAUUGAUCAGCAGAGUUGAGGAGAAACAGAGUCCUAAAAUCUAACAAACAGAAAUGAUGGUUAAUAUGAGUGAAAUAUAAUAUAUUUAAUAUUUGGUUGAAUGGAUCUUGUAGAAACAUAUGUGACAUAAGAACAUUAGUAAAGGAUUAAAGCAAAACAAA